GGAGCGGGGGUCUCUGCUCCGGCCCGACCCGCGCUCGCGCUGGCUCAGCUUCUUCCAAGGGACGCAGAAUCCAAGAGGACUUGGACAAAGAGCCGGAGCCCUCGAGGCCGGCGGUCCUCGCCCUGUUCGGACCGCAGGACCUCUUGGAAAAUGCCAGCUCUGGCUUUCCCCGGUUUCUCUGGGAAACCCCUAGAGCGAUUCUUCGGCUACAAAGGCUGCAGCCAUCUAGGAUGCUUGUGACGGCCGGUUUCCCAGUGGGAGUCUCUGGGUUUGCACUGUGAAUCCGGGACCCCAAACCCCAUCUCAGCCACACACGCAGGGUCCCAAGCGAGACCCCCGCGGCCCCUCCCGGGGACCUUUUCUGGGGCUGGGCCCAUUGCGCUUCGAGGCGCACGCGAAGCCAGCACGACUCGGGCGGCACAAGGACUGGCACGCUCGAGGCUGCCAGGUGCUUGCGGGUGGCCCCGCCAGACCGAACCGCUGUCAACGAGCUGCCAGAGCACGAGCCCCAGGAGUGACCCCCCAGCCCCGUUUCCAAGGCUGGGACCGUCCCCUCCAGCAGACGCCUUGCUCUGCAGCGGGGCCCGUCGGCUCGGGCCACGGCCAGCCUGCGGGUGCGGGUCUGUCCGGGCUACGGCCAGCAGCGCACGCAGGCCCUCGUCUGCCAAACAGCUGCCGCUCCCCUGGACCAGUUUCCUUUUCCAGUAAUGUGAAACCAAAAGCACCUGCCACUCCCAGGCCCCCCCGCAAAGCCGGGCUGGGCAGCAGGGCGCGGACAGCUCCGGCGUCUAAAGGAGGGGCAGCGGGAGAGCCGGUUCCAGCCGCUCUGGGAAGGCACCGCAGCCGCCCCGGCCUCUGCCGACGUCCCCGCACGCUCGCUGUCCUGCCCGUGCCCCCGGUGCAGUGAGAUGGGGAGCAAGAGAUCCGACUUCGGCACAUCAGCCGGGCCGAACGCCAGGGAAAAGCUGAGGGAGGACCUGCUCUCGGCCCGGGACAGGCUGCAGCAGCAUGUAGCGGCGCUCCAGGCAAUCGCCGAUGCUGUGGACGAGGUUCACAGAGGAGCCACGAUAGCAAACAUUACUGGAGGGGCGGUGGGCAUCGCCGGCGGGAUCACCACCAUCGUGGGGCUCUGCCUCGCCCCCGUGACCUUCGGGGCAUCGCUGAUCGUGUCCCUCACGGGGCUCGGCGUCUCCCUGGCAGGCGGCCUGACCACCGCGGCAGCGACCGCCACCGACAUGGUGCAGAGGAAAGUCAAGAAAGGAGAGGUACAAGACAUCCUAAAGCAGUGCCAGGCUGAGCUGGGACUCAUCCAGGACUACGUGAAGACCAUCGGCAACUCGGAACAAGAAGGAGGACCUGCGGCUGCUGUUUGCGAAGACCUGAAGCUGCUGUUUGCAGUGUGGGGAGGAACCGGACGGGUCGCUGGCAACGCUGUGCAGAUGGUCAAAGCCGGCGGGCUGCUGGCCGGCGCCGGGCGAGUGGUAAGGUUUGCAGGAGCCGCCCUGCAUGCCGUGACCGCCGUCACCCUGGCGCUAGACAUCUUCUUCACAGUGAAGGAUGCCGUGGAGCUCCACAAAGGCGCCAGGACAGAGCUGGCGGCCAAGAUCCGGGAGGCGAUUGCUGGCCUGAAGCAGACGAUCGAUGAACUCAACAAGCUGCAGGCGCUGCUGGCUGCAGGGAGCGGGACGCCGAGCGCAGCAGGCCUGUAGCAGACCCGUCCUCAGCGGCUUUCCUUGGGAAGAGGCAGUCGUGCAGUGCUUCCCCACGCGCUAUCCAGGCGCAAUCGUGGUUGUUACACUCAAGUGUGCAAUUAAAGCAAGGCCUUCAAUCAUCAACUGUUAAUUCAUAGGAUAUUAAUAACGCAGGAGACCUAAAAUCAUCGAAUCAUAGAAAAUGAGGAUUGGAAGGGACCUCAAGAGGUCCCAUCUAGUCCAGCCCUCUGCUCCAAGCAGGACCAGCCCCAGCCCCAGCCCCAGCUACAUCAUCCCAGCCAAGGCGCUGUUGAGAGGGUCUUCAAAACCUCCAAGCACGGAGACUCCCCGCGAGGCUUUGGGUCUCCGAGUUAGCAGCAGCAUUUGAUGACAGCCGGCGAGACCAGCGAGUGCCCAGGAGCAGAGGGUCCAGAGGGGCUGUCCCCUCACGGUGCUCGGCCGCCCCGGGGCCCGGACAUCUGCCCUCCCUCUCGGCCACGAGGCGCAGGCACGGCCCGCCAGGCAGCAAGGGGUUGUGACCCCUCUGACCACCUGCCCCAGCACCCUUGAACGAGCAGCGGGGGCUUCAGGGGCAUGGGAGCUCCCGGAGAACAGCACCCAACCCAUCGGGUCACGGGCCGCACACAAUCUCUUUCAUUUUAAUAAAGCUUAGAUAAAAAGCAAAUCAUAUAUGAAAAAUCAAACAUCUCCUGCAAGGCAUUUUAAUUUUCUUUUUAAAAAAUAUGUUUUUUCCUGAUUUACGCACGUUUGAGUUGUGUAUAUAGAGGUGAUUGCAUCAUAGCUCAAAAUAAAGUCUUACGCUUGAA